AUUUUUACGUAAAGAAGCAAACGCUAAUCCAUGACCUGGAAUGAUGAUGAUCCCAUGGUCACAUGGUAAGCACUGAAAAAGCUGAAACUUGAAUGAGCCAGACACAUUUUCCGUUUGUGAUGCGGGCCAUCAGUGUUUCCCUCAGAUUCUGUUUUCGCGCAUUCGUGCUCGUAUAUCUGAAGCGACGGAAUACAAGACCGAAGGCAAGCGCAGUGCCCAACAGUGAUUGUGCUGUGACUUGUUGAUGUUCCCAAAGCAGUGAGAGCCAGUUGAACAUCCCCUGCGAGUCCUGGCCGUGAUGGAUUCGAGGUAGUCGGAGUGUUCCGAGUCUUCCGCGAGCACACGCUGUGAUACGUCCGAGGCGGCGAGAGCAUGUGGAGCGUUCCGCAGCGCAUCUGCCCUCUGCCUCCCCUGUGCCGGGCCGGGCGGGACCGGGGAGUCCAGCACCUGAGAUUCCGGCUCGAGAGGAGGCAGCCCGUGCACAAAGGCUCUCGAGGGAAGGGGUUUCGCGACGUGGAGCCGGCGAAGGAGCGGAGCAGCCUGGCCCCCUUCGCCCCGCCCGAGGACGGGGGGAGGGUCGGUCUCCGAGACCUCUGGAAACCGGCUGGGUUCACCGUCGUGACGUGCGGUGUGUCAUACGUGGGAGCCACGAUCUGGCAGUACGAGAACAUGCGGAACCAGGCCCACAAGGCCGUCCGGAGCGCCUGGCGGCCUGCACCGCGGCCCAAACACGGAGAGUGGAGGCGAGGGCUGAACGAGUGGUGGUCCGGCCUCACCCCCGGCCAGCGCGUCUUCUGGCCCAUCGCCUUCGCGAACGGCCUGGUCUUCUUGGCGUGGCGCGUCCCGUCCCUCCAGCCGGCCAUGAUCCGAUAUUUCACGUCCAGCCCGACCUCAAGGUCGGUUUGCUGGCCGAUGCUGUUGUCCACGUUCAGUCAUUAUUCUGCUAUACAUGUGUUCCUCAACAUGUAUGUUCUCCACAGCUUCUCCUCGAGUGCGGUUUAUCUCAUGGGAAAGGAGCAGUUCGUCGGGUUCUACGUGAGCGCCGGCGUGACGUCCUCCUUCGUCUCCUACCUGCACAAGGCGGCCUUCGGCAUCCCCGGAAUCUCCCUCGGAGCCGUGAGGACUCGCGAGUCGUCCGUGGAACUCGGGACGUGUUCCCCGUGUGAAGUAGUUCGUUUUUGUGUGCAGUCAGGUGCUAUCCUGGGUGUCCUGGGCUACGUGUGCACCAUGAGGCCGGACAUCCUCCUCGGCAUCGCGUUCGUCCCGAACGUCACCUUCUCUGCCGGAUCGGCAGUGAAGGCCAUGCUUGCCUUCGACACUUGCGGCGUGGUGAUGCGGUGGAAGUUCUUCGACCACGCGGCCCAUCUCGGCGGGAUGCUCUUCGGCGUCGGGUAUGCCGCCUACGGGGAUCGGGCGUGGCGGAAGCGGGAGGGCAUCAUGGACGCCUGGCACGCCGUGCGUCAGAGGUUCUCGUGAUGUUGCACCUUGCCGACGUAGUUGUGUGAUGGGGAGAUGUGGGCCCUGGCCGUACGGUUGGGGCCGACUUCGACAAUAAAAGAGGUUUCAAUUUGAGA